GGGUCGUGGCACAUACAUUUCCGGUGCAAAUCGAGUACGGCAGUAGGAUGAAGAAUGAAACCAACACGUUAAAAUAGAUACAAUUUUACUUUUAUCCCUUUGAAGCCUCAUCAUCUGACCCCAGCUUCUUCCUAACAGACGCUGACAUGACAGAGCCACGCAACCCAGGGGUGUCCUCCAUGUCCCAGACACCGUCAGAUGUCACUCCCCCAGCUGUAGAGAUGGAUCCUGUGGAGUACACCCUGAGGAAGAGGCUUCCCCGUAAACUGCCAAAAAGACGUAAUGAUGUCUACGUCAACAUGAAAACUGAUUUCCGUGCUCAGCUGGCCCGCUGUCAGAAGCUGCUGGAAGGUGGGGGACACAGGGAAAUCUGUGUCCACGGGUUGGGCCUGGCCAUCAAUAGGGCUAUUAACAUUGCCCUGCAGUUACAGGCCAGUAGCCAGGGAGCACUGCAGCUGGCAGCUAACACCUCCACAGUCGAGCUUGUGGAUGACCUGGAGCCUGAGGAUCCCGAUGAGGCUGGGGAGCCCAUGACACGUACUCGUAACAACUCUGCGAUUCAUAUAAAAGUUUUCUACCCGGACCCUCAGUGACCCUAUCAGAGGUCUGCUCAGUUUGGGCUACACACUCUCCACCCAUCCUUAAAUCCAUAAUUUUUCAUUCCCUUCCAAACAGAUGACUUUUCUUGAGGGGCUGUGUUUGUGCAGACCUGACUUUCUGAGGACUACAGUGUGGACCAGACUGUUGUGUUGAUUGAUGUCUAUGGGUGCGUUCCCAUCCAAAUGUAUGCAAGUUUUAGCAGAAGUUUAAAAAAAAAAAAAACCUGAAUAGUUAAAGGCUAAUUUACGCACUUUUCCAUACACUCUUAUCAGGCGAAUAUUUACAGUUGGUUAAUUAUCCUCAUUGUCAUCUUCAUGAUUUAAUGCAGUGCCAGUAAAGUGUAGUAUUUCAUAUACUACACUUUGAUAAUAACAUACUGCCUUAGCUGUUUUUUGAGGAGCUCUUACUACGAGAUAUUUGAAAUUCUUAAGUUGGCUGACUGCUUCAGACCCCCAAACCACCUGUUUGGAUCAAAUAGCAUUUGUCAGAGCCUUUGUUUACUACUUCUUUCCCCAGCUUUACAGUCCUUAUGUGACUCCUGCAAUCUCCUUAUUAGUCUAUACAUGCAGACACAAUAUUAUACAUAGUUUCUAUAGCUCUGAUUUGCCUCUAUUGCAACAAUGUUUCCACCUUUCCCAUCAAUGAAAACUUUUUUUUUUUGUAUUCCUUUUCAUGUUCAAAUUUUUUGACAUUUUCACUUUUUCAUGCACCAAUUGAAAAUGCAAACAGCUAGAUGGAAACGCACUAUGUCAGUGUUGAAAUAUUCAGAUUUUCACUGCCUUACAUCAUGUGUUAGUGAAAUUGUUGUUCUCCCAGGCUGUGUUUUUCUGUUUUAGUUUGCAUGUCAAUAAGCAUCAGUGUUGUUUGCCUUUUUGUCAAAGUUAAUACUAGAUAGACAAGGCUGUGCCAAAUAUGUGUCUUUAAUUUUUAGACUAAAGAGCUUGUGAAAGUAUUUACAGUUGCAUGUCCAUAUGUUUUUGAAGAUACAAAUAACUAUAAAUUUAUAAUUGAAGCAUGUUUGUUACUGUAAUUGUCCACUAGAUGUCAGUAGUUAGACAUACAUAGACAUGUCAGGAUGGCGCCGCUCCUUAACCUGUCUUUCACUGAACCAUGUGACAACAAUAUAUUCUCCAAUAUUGUUAGGGGAAUUGGUUCAGCUUAAGGUCAGACAGAAUCUAGUUUACAAAGAUUGAGGCAUUUGCGUGUAUAAGUUAUGUUUAAUUUGUAUUUAAUGAAGGAAAGCAUUCUGUAGGACGUUCUGUUUGAUUUGUUAAAAACAAGCUUGUUGGAGUGUAUAGAGCCUGAUGAGGAUGUGACUUCUAAAUGGAACUCAGGCUGUUAGAGUUUGCAGUAGCAGCUUGUAUUCAGCUUGCCUGAUAACUCCAUUGACCUGAAUAAGACAAAAAUAACAAAUGAAACAGACAAACUUC